AUGCCCACCUGCGUCUCCUGCAAUUCCACCUCCUUCACCCCCGACGACGUCUCCGGCCGCCUCUACUGCUCCUCCUGCGGCCACAUCCAAGACUACGACAACUACGUCAACGUCUACGGCGGCGUCUCCGGCACCACCGGCACCUUCAUCCGCCUCGGCACCUCCGGCCAGGGCACCAACUACCACUACCGCGACACCAAGAUCUACGAGGCCAACAAACUCAUCGAUGACGUCACUCUCCGUCUCAACCUCUCGCCCUCCCGCGCCGACGAGAUCAAGGCCAUGAUCGGUAAGAUCACGGAAGGUGAGUUCGGCCAAGGUAACUGGUUCAAUGUUUUGAUUGGUGCCUGUGCUUAUGUGGUUAUGAGGAGGGAUAGCAAGUCCAUGCCGAUCUCCGAGGUCGGGGCGGCUAUCGGAUGCGACGAUUACGAGCUCGGUAGGAUGAUCAUGCGUGUUGUUGAUUUUCUAGAGCUGAAGAAACCGGACUUCCCGGAGUUUGAUAUUGUGAGGUUGUACGAGAGGACGUUGCGCAAUUCGAGAGUGUUAGGGAGUUUAGGAGGGAGUGUGAGGGAGAGGAUGAGGAAGCAGGGGAUUUUUUUGAUACAAUGUGCUAUUAAGUGGUUCUUGACCACUGGCCGCCGGCCCCUGCCGAUGGUGGUGGCCAUUUUGGUUCUGGUGGCGGAGUUGAAUGGAGUUGGCGGUGUUAGUAUUCAGGAGUGUGCUAAGGAGUUCAAUGCGGUUGUUCAUACUUGUAGGUUGAGGUAUAGGGAGCUUUUAGAGGCUCUUGUGAAGGCUGCGCAGGUGUUGCCUUGGGGGAAGGAUGUUAAUGUUAAAAAUGUGCUCAGGCACGCGCCCACUGUGAUUCAGUAUAUGGAGAAGAAGUCAAUGUCGGAGCCUAUAGGGAAGAGGGAUUCGGAGGGUGGUGUUGGGAUUGAUUUGAGAGAUGUGAUCAAUGAGUGCUUGGGUAGAAAUGGCGAUGCAGAUAAGUCUGCGACAGAAGUAGAAAAGUUCAAGAAGCUCUCAGAUGAUUGUCAGGGGAUGGAUAGGAUGAAGCUUUCACAUGAAUGCUUGGCCAUGGUUUACUCAAAGUCUUUAGAUGAGAUGGAGAAUUUUAAGUCCUCUGGCGGGUUUGGAGUUGUUCAUGAAAGGGAAGAGAGGCAGUAUUUUGAUCCUCAUGAUUGCACGGAGUGGUGGAAUGGGAAGUCAGAAUUAAGUAAGAAGCUUAUGCUUAAGAAUAUAUUGGAGAAAGACGUAGGCUUGGAUCAUAUGCCGCCAUCUUAUCUUAAGGGUCUCAAGGCCUGUAAGAGGAGGAGAGAAAGAAUAAAUGCUGCCAAACAGCGAAUUCAUAAGAUUAUGCAUCCAUCAAAUGCUCGUUCAGAUGUUUGCAUUUCUGAAGAUGUAAAGAAUGGAAGAAAAAGAAAGAGAAGGCAUACUCUUGAUUGGGAAGAUUUAAUUAUUGAAACCCUCCUCCUUCAUCAGGUAAAAGAAGAGGAGAUUGAGAAGGGAUGGUAUAAUAGCUUACUGGAUUUACAUGUAUUUAACUCUGGAGCGGUGUAAGGGUUCUGGUAUGGUCAAACUGAAAAUGGUGUAAUAUGCGUCCAUGCCUUGGCAACUGCAUGAUCCAAGAGUAUUUUUGUCUGAUGAUGUUGAAAUUUGUCACGCAUCACUGUUCUUAUAUGUCUUUAAACAGAAACUUGAGAUUUGCAGUGUAACACAUACUUGGCCUUGUAAUGAGGCACCAUUCAAUGAAAUAUCGAGUCAAGGCGUGUUUCCAAAUGUUGUCACCUUCAAUGUCUUGGUCGAUAUACUUUGUAAGGAGGGGAUGGUCGCGGAAACCAAAAGAGUGAUUGAUAUGAUGAUUCAGAGAGGUAUUGAGCCUGAUACGAUUACAAACAAUUCCCUUAUGCACGGUUACUGUAUGCGAGGUGAAAUGUGCGAGGCAGUACAAGUUUUUGAUCGUAUGAUUAGCAAGGGCUCAGUGGUUAAUGUUUGGAGUUGUACAUUUGGAUUCACCUAUAUUGCAAGCUUAAAUUGAUCAAUCGGGCUACAAAUAUUUUCAGGGAAAUGUGUCGUAUGGAACUUGUUCCUAAUACAAUUACUUAUAACUCUCUAGUUGAUGACUUUUGCAAAGCAGGGAGAAUUCUAGAAGCCGUAAAGUUGUUCUCUGAAAUGCAAGCUUGUGGCCAGCUUCCAAAUGUCAGAACAUACAAUAUAAUGAUACAUGGAUUUUGUCUUCAUGGCUUAUUGAUUGAAGCAGAAAAGUUGCUGAGAGAAAUGGGAGGGAAAGACUGUUCUCCAUAUGGCUGUAUCUAUAACACCAUUAUUCAAGGGUCGCUGAAAAACAAUUAGACAUCAUGGGCUAAGAAUUUUUUUGAAGAAA